AUGCCGAUGCUCAAAGAUCCCUCAAAGAAAUAUAAGCCGUUCAAGCCUUUGAACCUUCCCAACCGCACAUGGCCGGACAAGACCAUCGACAAGGCCCCUCGCUGGUUGGCCACGGACCUGCGUGAUGGCAACCAAUCUCUCCCAGACCCAAUGGAUGGCGAGCAAAAAUACCGCUUCUUCAAAAAGCUGGUCGAGAUCGGCUACAAGGAAAUCGAAGUCUCAUUUCCCUCCGCCUCACAAACGGAUUUUGAUUUCACCCGCCGUCUUGUGGAAGAGCCCGGACUCACUCCAGAUGAUGUGUGGCUCCAGGUCCUUUCGCCUUGCCGUGAGGAUCUCAUUCGCCGCACCGUCGACUCGCUGAAGGGUGCUAAGAAGGCCAUCCUGCACAUCUACCUCGCAACCAGCCCAUGCUUCCGUCGCAUCGUUUUCAACAUGGACCGCCAGAAGUCUCUCGAGAUGGCCGUAAAGUGCACCAAGUAUGCUCGUUCCAUCACUAAGGACGACCCCUCGUGCGCUGGUACAGAAUGGCAGUUUGAGUUCUCGCCCGAGACUUUCUCCGACACUGAGCCAGAUUUUGCUGUUGAAGUCUGUGAGGCUGUAAAGGCUGCAUGGGAACCAACUCCCGAGAACCCCAUCAUCUUCAACUUACCCGCUACAGUCGAAAUGUCCACCCCCAAUGUCUAUGCCGACCAAAUUGAAUACUUCUGCACUCACAUGACUGAACGCGCCAAGUUUGUUGUCUCUCUUCACCCCCACAACGACCGGGGUUGCGCUAUUGCGGCCGCCGAGCUGGCUCAGAUGGCCGGCGCCCAGCGUGUCGAGGGUACCCUCUUCGGAAAUGGCGAGCGUACCGGCAAUGUCGACUUGGUUACUCUCGCCCUCAACCUUUAUACCCAAGGUGUUUCACCUAAUGUUGACUUCUCGGAUAUCAACUCUGUCAUCAAGGUGGUUGAAGAGAGCAAUAAGAUUCCUGUCAACGAGAGGUGGCCCUAUGGCGGCUCCCUCGUCUCGGUAGCCUACAGUGGCUCUCACCAAGAUGCCAUCAAGAAGGGCUUCAAGAUCCGGGAGGACGCGAAGGCGACUGACGAUGAUGAGUGGGUCAUGCCAUAUCUGCCCCUUGACCCACAAGAUAUUGGCCGCAACUACGAGGCCGUCAUCCGUGUCAACUCCCAAAGCGGCAAGGGCGGUGCUGCCUGGGUCAUCCUGCGCAGCCUGGAGCUGGAUCUCCCCCGUGCUCUGCAGAUUGAAUUCAGUAAGAUUGUCCAGAAGGAAACCGAGGCUCUCAGCCGCGAGCUGCGCGCCUCCGAAAUCGUCAAUCUCUUCGAAACCGCAUACCACCUCAAGUCAAACCCUCGUUUCAACCUGAUCGAUUACAACAUCACCACCGACCGUUCGCAGUCACCUGCCCCCCCCGAGCCUGGCAAGGCUCUCAACACCAAGAACUUGAAACGUCGGUUUACCGGUAUCAUUGAGAUCGACAGCCUUCAGCACGCUAUCACCGGUGUUGGUCCUGGUGCCCUUUCUGCUCUGGCAGCAGCGCUCUGCACCCUCGGAAUUGACCUCGAUGUCAUUGACUACAAGGAGCAUUCUAUCGGUCUUGGUCGUGAUGUGAAGGCCGCAACCUACAUUCUCUGCUCGGCCGCUGGUAGCGACCAGCAGGUAUGGGGCGUGGGUAUCCAUCAGGACGUUGUUCAAGGCAGUUUGAUUGCACUUCUCAGCGCCGCCAGCUCAUUCCUUACAUCGAAGGCGGGCUCGCCUGCUCCGUUCCGUCCAAUUCGCUCGAACUCUCUCACCAAUGAGGAUAUUCAAGCGCUCGAGCAGCUUUCUGGCUCUAACGAGGGUCUUGCGGUCAGCUCUGGCUACGUCCCUCAAGUCAACCUUGAGCAGUUAACUAAACAGGCCGAGGCCCAGUAA